AUGCUGUCCCGUGUGCUGAACCCGGGCCGCUCGGCUGCCGCGGCGGCCAGGCGACUCCCGAGCUCUCGUGGGGUCACGACCACUCAGAUUGGAGGCUACGAGGUCUUUGACCACUCUUACGAUGCCGUGGUCAUCGGCGCAGGUGGUGCCGGUCUUCGUGCGGCUGCCGGCCUGGUCGGCCACGGCCUGAAGACGGCAUGCAUCUCCAAAGUCUUCCCAACGCGCUCGCACACUGUGGCCGCACAGGGUGGGAUCAACGGGGCCCUGGCCAACAUGACCGAAGAUGACUGGCGUUGGCAUGCAUAUGACACCGUCAAGGGAGCCGACUGGCUCGGUGACCAAGACGCCAUCCAGCACAUGUGCCGGCUGGCCCCUGAAGUCAUCUUGGAGCUGGAGUCCUUUGGACUGCCCUUCUCGCGCACUCCAGAAGGCAAGAUCUACCAACGAGCGUUCGGUGGCCAGAGCCUGAAGUUUGGCAAGGGUGGACAGGCCUAUCGAUGUGCGGCUGCAGCAGACAGAACUGGCCACGCCAUUUUGCACACGCUGUACGGCAUGGCCUUGAAGUUUGACUGCCUUUUCUUUGUGGAGUACUUUGCCUUGGAUCUGAUCAUGAGUGAUGAUGGGAAGUGCCUUGGCUGCCUGGCCAUGUGCAUGGAAGAUGGCUCAAUCCAUCGUUUCGGUGCGCACUCUACCAUCAUCGCCACUGGUGGCUUCGGUCGUGCGUAUCAAUCCUGCACCUCUGCACACACCUGCACCGGCGAUGGCAGUGCGAUGGCUUCUCGUGCAGGUUUGCCCAUGCAGGACCUUGAGUUUGUCCAGUUCCAUCCUACUGGCAUCUUCCCAGCUGGCUGCCUCUUGACGGAGGGCUGCCGUGGCGAAGGCGGCAUUCUGCGCAACAGCGAGGGUGAGCCCUUCAUGGCUCGUUAUGCCCCAACUGCCAAGGACUUGGCCUCACGUGAUGUUGUGAGCCGUGCCAUGACGCUGGAGGUUCGUGAGGGCCGCGGUGUGGGUCCGGAGAAAGAUCACAUCUACCUGCACUUGGAUCACCUGCCACCAGAGACGUUGGCGGAGCGAUUGCCAGGAAUCUCGGAAACUGCUAAGAUCUUUGCUGGUGUCGACGUCACGAAGGAGCCAGCCCCUGUGCUGCCGACUGUGCAUUACAACAUGGGCGGAAUCCCUACCAACUGGAAGACGCAGGUCAUCCGCGACGCCGAGAACACGAUCGUUCCGGGCUUGCUCGCUGCCGGCGAGGCUGGCAGCGCGUCUGUGCACGGAGCCAACCGUCUUGGUGCCAACUCCUUGCUGGACCUGGUGGUCUUUGGCCGUCAAGCGGCUGACACGACUGCCGAGUUGGUGAAGCCCAACAGCCCUCCGGUGACGCUUCCCAAGAAUGCGGGAGAGGCCAGCAUCCAGCGUAUGGACAAGAUGCGCUAUGCCAAGGGCCCCAUCCCGACAGCGGCCCUGCGCCGUGAGUUGCAGGUCAGCAUGCAGAAGUAUGCACCUGUGUACAGAAAUGCUGACGACCUGGCAAAGGGCAAGGGUGUGGUCGCAGAAGUCAUGAAGAAGUUCAAGGAUGUGGGUGUCACAGAUCGCAGCAUGGUGUGGAACACGGAUCUGAUCGAAACCCUCGAGUUGGAGAACCUCAUCAACCAGGCCGCCCAGGAAAUGUACUCCGCAGAGGCCCGCAAGGAGUCAAGGGGUGCCCACGCGCACGAAAACUUCCCGGAUCGGGACGACGAGAAUUGGAUGAAGCACACGUUGUCUUGGUUGGACAAGCCCUACGUUGAAGAUGCCAAGGUCGUCUUGAAGUACCGGUCCGUGAUCGACCAGCCGCUGGACAAGGAGAUGCACCACGUCCCGCCCGCCAAGCGCGUGUACUGA